AUGGAAGUUUUCCCCUUGCUCUUGGUUUUGUCCGUCUGGUGGUCUCGAACCUGGGACUCGGCGAAUGCGGAUUCGAUCAUUCACAUCGGAGCAAUUUUUGAUGAAUCUGCCAAAAAGGAUGAUGAGGUGUUUCGCACAGCAGUUGGAGACCUCAACCAGAAUGAAGAGAUCUUACAGACUGAGAAAAUCACAUUUUCAGUGACAUUUGUUGAUGGCAACAACCCUUUUCAAGCAGUUCAAGAAGCCUGUGAACUUAUGAAUCAGGGCAUCUUGGCCCUGGUCAGCUCCAUUGGCUGCACGUCCGCGGGGUCCCUCCAGUCUUUGGCAGACGCCAUGCAUAUCCCUCACCUUUUCAUUCAGCGCUCAACAGCUGGGACCCCAAGAAGUGGUUGUGGACUCACCAGGAGCAACAGGAAUGAUGACUACACUCUCUCUGUUCGGCCACCUGUCUACUUAAAUGAGGUUAUCCUGAGAGUGGUCACAGAAUAUGCCUGGCAGAAAUUCAUUAUAUUCUAUGAUAGUGAAUAUGAUAUCCGUGGAAUACAGGAGUUUUUGGACAAAGUAUCUCAGCAGGGGAUGGAUGUUGCACUUCAGAAGGUAGAAAACAACAUCAAUAAAAUGAUCACCACUCUCUUCGAUACCAUGAGAAUAGAGGAACUGAAUCGCUAUCGAGACACUCUCAGGCGAGCCAUCCUUGUUAUGAAUCCUGCCACAGCCAAAUCCUUCAUUACUGAGGUUGUGGAGACUAAUUUGGUUGCCUUUGACUGUCACUGGAUCAUUAUAAAUGAGGAAAUAAACGAUGUGGACGUACAGGAACUUGUAAGAAGGUCAAUUGGAAGGUUAACCAUCAUUCGGCAGACAUUUCCAGUCCCCCAGAAUAUAAGUCAGCGAUGUUUCCGUGGCAACCACCGAAUAUCUUCAACAUUGUGUGAUCCAAAGGAUCCAUUUGCUCAGAAUAUGGAGAUUUCAAACCUUUACAUAUAUGACACGGUGCUUCUGCUUGCUAAUGCUUUUCAUAAGAAGCUGGAGGACCGAAAGUGGCACAGCAUGGCAAGUUUGUCAUGUAUCAGAAAGAACUCCAAGCCCUGGCAGGGAGGGCGCUCCAUGCUGGAGACCAUCAAGAAGGGUGGAGUUAGUGGGUUGACUGGUGAGCUAGAAUUUGGAGAAAAUGGAGGCAAUCCCAACGUCCACUUUGAAAUUCUUGGAACCAACUAUGGAGAAGAGCUUGGCCGAGGUGUUCGCAAACUUGGAUGCUGGAAUCCUGUCACAGGGCUGAAUGGGUCACUGACUGACAAGAAACUGGAGAAUAACAUGCGUGGAGUGGUUCUACGUGUGGUGACUGUCCUGGAAGAACCUUUUGUAAUGGUCUCUGAAAAUGUUCUGGGUAAGCCGAAGAAAUACCAGGGCUUCUCCAUUGAUGUUUUGGAUGCCUUAUCCAACUACCUGGGUUUUAACUAUGAAAUUUAUGUUGCACCGGAUCACAAGUAUGGAAGUCCACAAGAAGACGGGACAUGGAAUGGCUUGGUAGGAGAGCUAGUCUUUAAGAGAGCCGACAUAGGGAUUUCUGCUUUAACCAUCACCCCAGAUCGUGAGAAUGUGGUGGACUUUACUACACGGUACAUGGACUACUCAGUGGGAGUGCUACUUCGAAGGGCUGAGAAGACAGUGGAUAUGUUUGCCUGUCUUGCACCGUUUGAUCUCUCUCUAUGGGCUUGCAUUGCUGGCACAGUCCUUCUGGUGGGUCUACUGGUCUACCUCUUGAAUUGGCUUAAUCCCCCACGAUUACAAAUGGGAUCAAUGACUUCUACUACUCUCUACAACUCCAUGUGGUUUGUGUAUGGAUCCUUUGUACAGCAAGGUGGAGAGGUCCCAUACACAACUCUGGCUACUCGAAUGAUGAUGGGGGCUUGGUGGCUAUUUGCUUUGAUUGUCAUCUCAUCUUACACAGCAAAUCUUGCUGCUUUCCUCACGAUCACCCGCAUUGAAAGCUCCAUCCAGUCUCUCCAGGACCUUUCCAAGCAAACAGACAUCCCUUACGGCACAGUCCUGGACUCCGCAGUGUAUGAGCAUGUCCGCAUGAAGGGAAUGAAUCCUUUUGAGAGGGACAGCAUGUAUUCCCAAAUGUGGCGGAUGAUCAACCGAAGCAAUGGAUCAGAGAAUAAUGUUCUGGAGUCCCAAGCAGGCAUCCAAAAGGUAAAAUUUGGAAAUUAUGCUUUUGUAUGGGAUGCAGCUGUACUGGAAUAUGUGGCUAUCAAUGACCCAGAUUGUUCCUUUUACACCAUUGGGAAUACUGUUGCUGAUCGGGGGUAUGGAAUUGCAUUGCAACAUGGCAGUCCUUACCGGGAUGUUUUUUCACAAAGGAUCCUGGAGCUUCAGCAGAACGGUGACAUGGACAUCCUGAAGCACAAAUGGUGGCCGAAGAAUGGCCAGUGUGACCUGUACUCCUCAGUUGACACAAAGCAGAAAGGAGGCGCCCUGGACAUAAAGAGCUUUGCAGGGGUUUUUUGUAUCCUGGCUGCUGGAAUUGUCCUCUCCUGCUUUAUAGCCAUGCUGGAGACGUGGUGGAACAAGAGGAAAGGCUCCCGGGUCCCGUCAAAAGAGGAUGACAAGGAAAUUGACCUGGAGCACCUCCAUAGACGUGUAAAUAGCUUGUGCACAGAUGACGACAGCCCCCAUAAACAGUUUUCCACCUCGUCAAUUGACUUGACCCCUCUGGACAUUGACACUUUGCCAACACGACAAGCCCUGGAGCAAAUCAGUGAUUUCAGGAACACUCAUAUUACCACAACCACCUUUAUCCCAGAGCAGAUCCAGACUCUUAGCCGCACACUAUCAGCUAAAGCUGCCUCUGGUUUCGCUUUUGGCAACGUGCCUGAGCACCGAACUGGCCCUUUUAGGCACAGGGCACCUAAUGGGGGCUUUUUCAGGAGUCCUAUAAAAACAAUGUCAUCUAUUCCUUAUCAACCAACUCCUACCCUGGGGCUCAAUCUGGGUAAUGAUCCAGACCGAGGCACCUCCAUAUGA